AUGGCCGCCGCCAUGUGCCCUCACGCCGCAGCACUACCAAGUCUUGGAGUAAGGCUAGAGGCCAUACUGGCCGCCUUCUGGAAGCGACUGGCAGCCAGAGCACAACAAGCUGAGGCAUACAGACCGACUGGAGGCUCGCCCAAGACACUGCCGACGAAACCUACAUGCGGAAGCAACAACCCACCUGCAAAGAGAAUCCAACAGAGACGCCUGCACUGGCAAAUUCCCCGAUGGACCCACAAGCCCAAGCGAAUGACCCUGACAAAGCUGGGAUACCGCCGGGAUCGAUGCCCUGGACAACCCAGGCCACAAGCAGAGGGGACCCUCGGGAAGCCUCACCUGGCCCAAAGAAGGAAACCGGCACUGCUGAGGAGACCCAG